AUGUCGAGGCUCCUGAGAGGUAUCUUCUGUGUCGUUGAGAUAUUCCACAGGUAUGCUGGUGAGGAUGGCGACAACCAGGCAACACUGACCCGCAGAGAGUUGAGACAGCUCCUUGAGGGAGAAAUUGGGGACUUCCUUCAGCCACAUGUCUUUCGUGCUAUGGAGAGAAAGUUGAACCUUCUGGAUUUUGACAGAGACGAUACCAUCAGUUUUGAGGAAUUUAUUCUUGCAAUCUUCAGCUUAUCGAAUCCCUCUUAUUUUGACAUAUCAUUGCUACAUUCAGAACCAAGACUGAUGUCUAAAUCAGAGAAGAUGGAUGCUGUGGAUUUUGGGGCAAUCGCUGGAAACACUAAGCAAGUAGUAGGGGUUGGGCCAACUCAAGAAAGGCUCAUAUUUCCAUCAGAAGUGGCAUCAUCAGAUCAGCCUAGCAAUGAAGAAGGUGAGGUAGGUGAGGAACCUACAGUGAGCCCACGUGAAGACAUUAAGACCCACAGCCUGUCAAGAAAUGUGUCUGAGCCAAAUGACCCUGAGAACCAACAGCCAAAAGAAGAUGCUCAGGAAGUCACACAAAAUGUACCAGCAACAGAAUAUGAUGGAGUCCAAUUUAAGAGAAAUACAGGAGUACAAGCACCCAAACAGAGCCCCAGUCCAACACAGGAGAUACCAGGAGAAAGAAGUAGACCAUCCAGGAGGCAAAGUGACACCGUGAUAAGUGACCAUAUGAUUCAGAGGCCAACUGAAGAUGAGAAAUAUGCUUCUUCAACACAAGAUCCACUCCUGCAGAAAGAAGACAAAGCCACCGGGUCAGUGCACACUGGUGUGCCAGUGAUAGCUGCUACAGGGAAAUCAUCUCAAACACGGGAAGUUUUUGAGCCUACAGAUGAUACUAGACUAUCUGAGACUCAAGAAACUGGAAAGGAUGCUGGCAGAAUACCACCCAAACCCACAAAUUUAAAAGAGCCCAAGGCUGACACUAGAGCGUCUCAGAGCCACAGAUUGCCAGCACAAGAAAGAGAACAGGAAACAAGGGACCAGUCUGUCCAAAGCCAGAGCAGAAAUGCUUCAGAAACAUCUAGUAGAGGUGAACUGGAGGAGGAGGAGGCCAGGAAAGAACAUGAAGGAAUAACCAGAUCCCCAGAACCAGAAGUUGAAACACGGGAUGAGAAAUGUCAAGAAUUCUCAGGAUCAUGGAGGGAAAAUGAUGCCAAAAAGGUCUCUGCCGUACAAGAACCAAACUCUAAAGAAGGAAAUCAGAAUCUCCCUGAAAUUAAGGAAGAAUCUAUCUCAGGAAAAGAGGCAAGGAACAGUGAGGAAGACACAGUAGAUGCAUUUGCAAUCAAUAGAAACAGCCCUGCUGCUGAAGAGACACUGGGAACAAGAGAAAGGUCCCAAGAGCUGGCACCACUUGAGAAGCAAUCUCAAGGAAAAAAGCAUGGGACUACCAGGACUCAUGACAAGCCCAUCAGGAAGCAGGACCAUAACGUGGAAGAAGAUCCUGAGUUAUCAGCUACACAGAGUGAUGAGGGCUUUUGUGAGACUCCCAACAGCCUGGCUCCCGAGGUAGGUGAGAGCAGCUCAGAGCCAGCUGAGCCAGGUGUACCAGGGGAUUCGCAGAGUCAGCUAGACCACCAUGGAGAUGCUCAGCAAGAAAAUUACAAUAAUAGCCCAGAUCCCGAGAAACAGGGAGCACCAGGUGAGAGCAGCAGAGAGCAAGGGGCAGUAGUGCUGUCAAUCCAAGAAGAUGGACAGCUCCCAGAGGAACUGGACCAGCCUGCCAGAGAGAGGAAGCAUGAUGGUCUGAGCUCAAGGACCAAAGGAGGCCCAGGGGCAGCUGUGGAGCCCAGUGAAGGAGGGGAGGUACAGGAGGCCACAGCAGGGAGUGAAAACAGAAAAUCCAUAGAGGCAGAGGGUUCAGAGCCCAACUGGAAGCUGCUCAAGCUGACUGAAGUCACCUCCCAAUUGGUGGCCCUGGUCUUGAAACUCCUAGCCACCUGCUGGGCUCUGCCCACUCCUAGUGUUCUGCUCAUCAAAUGGGGAGCAGCAGCAGCUGUGGAAGAGACCCUGCAGCUCGCCUUAAUUGAACUUCCCCUUCCCUUUGGCUGGGCCAGAGCCCUACAGAUCUCCAAAGAUAGCAUCCAGUACACAGACCAACAUUAA